GCGCACGUCGAGGGCUGCGGGCCGGAAUCGAGGCUGUCGGACUGGCUCCAGCUGUCCGGAGAGCGGAGCUCCAGGGCUGCAACGAUGCUGGCCGUCCCAGAGCUGGGCCUGCAGGGGCUAUACAUCGGUUCCAGCCCAGAGCGGUCCCCGGUCCCCAGCCCACCUGGCUCACCAAGGACCCAGGAAAGCUGCGGCAUUGCCCCCCUCACACCCUCACAGUCUCCUAAGCCAGAGACCCGUGCCCCGCAGCCGCCUCCCUUCUCGGUGGUGGUGGCCAUCGACUUCGGCACCACAUCCAGUGGCUAUGCCUUCAGUUUCGCCAGCGACCCUGAGGCCAUCCACAUGAUGAGGAAAUGGGAGGGUGGGGACCCCGGCGUGGCCCACCAGAAGACCCCGACCUGCCUGCUGCUGACCCCGGAGGGCGCCUUUCACAGCUUCGGCUACACCGCCCGCGAUUACUACCACGACCUGGACCCGGAGGAGGCGCGGGACUGGCUCUACUUCGAGAAGUUUAAGAUGAAGAUCCACAGCGCCACUGAUCUCACCUUGAAGACUCAGCUGGAGGCGGUGAAUGGAAGGAAGAUGCCCGCCCUGGAGGUGUUCGCCCAUGCCCUGCGCUUCUUCAAGGAGCAUGCCCUUCAGGAGCUGCGGGAGCAGUGUCCGUCGCUGCCAGAGAAGGAUGCUGUGCGUUGGGUGCUCACGGUGCCCGCCAUCUGGAAACAGCCCGCCAAGCAGUUCAUGCGGGAGGCCGCCUAUCUGGCCGGUCUGGUGUCUCGGGAGGAUGCAGAACAACUACUCAUCGCCCUGGAACCCGAGGCUGCCUCGGUCUACUGCCGCAAGCUGCGUCUGCACCAGCUCAUGGACCUGAGCAGCCGGGCCCCAGGCGGCGGGCGCCUGGGUGAGCGCCGCUCCAUUGACUCCAGCUUCCGGCAGGCACGGGAGCAGCUGCGAAGAUCCCGCCACAGCCGCACGUUCCUGGUGGAGUCGGGAGUUGGAGAGCUGUGGGCAGAGAUGCAAGCAGGAGACCGCUACGUGGUGGCAGACUGCGGGGGAGGCACUGUGGACCUCACCGUGCACCAGCUGGAGCAGCCCCAUGGCACCCUCAAGGAGCUGUACAAAGCGUCUGGAGGCCCCUACGGCGCGGUGGGCGUGGACCUGGCCUUCGAGCAGCUGCUCUGCCGCAUCUUUGGUGAGGACUUCAUCGCUACCUUCAAACGGCAGCGGCCCGCAGCCUGGGUGGAUCUGACCAUCGCCUUCGAGGCCCGCAAACGCACGGCGGGGCCGCACCGCGCUGGGGCGCUCAAUAUCUCGCUGCCCUUCUCCUUCAUCGACUUCUACCGCAAGCAGCGAGGCCACAACGUGGAGACGGCGCUGCGCAGGAGCAGCGUGAACUUCGUGAAGUGGUCCUCGCAGGGGAUGCUCCGGAUGUCCUGUGAGGCCAUGAACGAGCUCUUCCAGCCCACAGUCAGCGGCAUCAUCCAGCACAUAGAGGCGCUGCUGGCGCGGCCGGAGGUGCAGGGCGUGAAGCUGCUGUUCCUGGUGGGCGGCUUCGCCGAGUCGGCCGUGCUGCAACAGGCGGUGCAGGCGUCGCUGGGUGCCCGCGGUCUGCGUGUCGUGGUCCCGCACGACGUGGGCCUCACCAUCCUCAAGGGCGCUGUGCUCUUCGGCCAGGCGCCGGGCGUGGUGCGGGUCCGCCGCUCGCCCCUCACCUACGGCGUGGGCGUGCUCAACCGCUUCGUGGCAGGGCGCCACCCGCCAGACAAGCUGCUGGUUCGCGACGGCCGCCGCUGGUGCACCGACGUCUUCGAACGCUUCGUGGCCGCCGAGCAGUCGGUGGCGCUGGGCGAGGAGGUGCGGCGCAGCUACUGCCCCGCGCGCCCGGGGCAGCGGCGCGUGCUCAUCAACCUGUACUGCUGCGCCGCCGAGGACGCGCACUUCAUCACCGACCCGGGCGUGCGCAAGUGCGGCGCGCUCAGCCUCGAGCUCGAGCCCGCCGACAGCGGCUCGGACGGUGCUGGCGCAACCCCGGGCCGCCGCGAGAUCCGAGCCGCCAUGCAGUUCGGGGACACGGAGAUUAAGGUCACUGCCGUGGACGUCAGCACCAAUCGAUCGGUGCGCGCCGCCAUCGACUUCCUUUCCAACUGAGGGCGCGCCCUCCCUUGGCCCCUGGGCCUGGGGAAUGGGGUGGGGCGGAGGAACAUUUGUUAUCAGCAUCCCUUUCCCCGACCUCUAGCCCCUCGGAGAUGAACUCAAGGAGGAGGGGGGCACAUCCAAAGACUGGCUUUGGGACUGGGCUCUGGCCCACCAAGUGGAAGGUGUCCCCCAACCCCGACCUGCCAGGGGGAGGGAGGCUUAGAGUGGGUUUCCAGGAGGCGCUCCCAGCCUGGCAGGGGGCAUGCGGCCUGGAGACAAGCCAGGCCUGAACUUUGGGGCGGGGAGAAGGGAAAGGACACAGGCCGCAGGGAGACCAAAUGAGGCAGGCUUCGGGAGAUGCCCAGGAGGGAGGAGGUGCAGGGCCGAGGUCACUAAUGGAUCCUCUCAGCGCUGGCAGGGGAGUUGGGGGAGAGCAACCCUGAGCCAAGGCAGACAGUAGAGGGACUGGUGUAGAAGCCCCGGCCAGGGUGCGGUGCUGACCACGCCAGUGUGACAGUUCCUGUAGGAAGGGCAGUAGCUACAGGGAGGAAGGUACACUUCGAUGAAGGCAGUAUGAGGGGCUGGGGGUCUUUCCUUCCAGACGUCACCCAUCUGGGAGGGUCCCAAGGAUAGCCAACGAAUAACCCAGCUGGGGAAGUGCAGUCGGGAGUGGGUAGGGAGGACAGAGUGCGUGAGCACUGAUUCCUGCCUCGUCACAGUCGUGCUGUGCAUUAGGUGGGCAAGUGUGAAAUGUCAGGCCCCAGCCCCACGGCCAGAGAGCCCUAAGAUGACAA